AUGGGACAACCAAUAUCGAAUGAAUUUCCAGCGAAUGGAGAUUCGUCCACUACGUUACAUGGUUUAACUACGAGCACGACGAGUCAUCCAGGACCAUACGAUGAUAUGAUUUAUUCGCUGCCACUAUCCGAAGUUUCGAAUAAUCCAAUGAUGACAACAGAUACUUCUCAACCUCCUCCUUCUUCCUCAUCAUCAUCCACUACAGCAACAACAUCAUUAACUACCACUUCUACAAUAACUAUUGGAAAUGAACAAACUGAACAUCAUAAACUUUCGAAUAAUGAAAAAGCACUUAAACGAAAGUCAGCUAAUUUUACAGAAGCCAUUUCCAUGAUGCACAACCACCAUCAACAAAAUCAACAACCUUCCUCUGGUGCUUCAACAUCUUCAUUAACCAUAGUUUCGUCUAAUGGUUCCAUGUAUCAUCACCACAGAAGUACUUCGAAUAAUUCACAAGAAAGUCCUACAAAUUCUACUCCCAAUUCUCCACCAACCAUUUCUGCACAACACUCACAAAAACACCUCUCCAUUGAUUCACGAUUAUUUGCUUUAUUGAAUAAUAAGAAUAGUUCAGAUUCGAAUAAUAGAAAUAGUCGUACUUUUCAGCAACGUCCAUUUUCCAUCAGUAGUUUAGAUAGUUUAGGAUUUGAUGGAAUAAACAAGGUGCUAAAAGAUAAACUUCUCCUUUCACAAUUCAGAAAUUAUACCAAGAUGGAAUAUUCAGAAGAAAAUUUGGAUAUUUUUCUUGUCAGUAAUCAAUUAUUGGAAGAAUGUAAAAAGAAUUUGGACAAUGUUGUAGAUAAUUCGAAUAGUUCUGAAAAUUCAAAGAGAAAUUCAGUAAGAAUGCAAACGAAAUCCAAACUAUUCAAAAUUGCACAAUCUCAAUUUUCAUUCGAAGAGAAAAUUAUCAAGAAAUUGGAAAAAUCUUUGGAACAAGUUAUUGAAAAGAUGCAGAAAAUGAAUUUGGAAAAGAGAAAAUCUCUCAUGAAGGGCAGAAGAAAAAACACUGAAUUUCUAGGAAUUGACAGAAAUAUGUUUAAACAAGCAUUUACUAGUGAGAGAGGAACGACAAGUGCAGUAAAUGGAGGAGGCAACUUAACAUCAGAAGGUGCCAAUUCAUCAUUCGAUGAAGAUUUAUUUGCUAAAUUUUCUGCUCCUUCAUUUGGUGCUAUUAAGGAAAAUAAUCAAGCACAGCAACAGUGGUUGGCCAAUAAGAGAAGUUCGAAGAGAAUGAGCAUGAAAUUCUUUUCAUCUUCUGCAAUUUUGAAUCAGGGAUCAUCCACUCAGAGUGGACAGCAGCAACAAUUGAGUAAUUCACAUCCAUCAAAUUUGGAAGGAACUAAUUCUCUAUCACCCAUGUCAUUGGAAGAUCAUGAUUUUGAGGAAAUUCCACAAAUCAAAAUUGUACAAUUUUUAGAGGAUUUGAGAUUUGAAUGUUUAAUGAAUUUGAAAGAUACUUUUAUUCGAUUUUGCCAACAAAAUAAACUUUCUGUUCGAUAAC